AUGGCGUUUGUGGGUCUCUGGAAUGCCCGCGCCCUGGCAGCAGCAACAGCUGCCACCCCAGCUCACCUUGCACGCCGUGCCAUGCGCGCAUCCAGCUCGUCAGGAGGGUCGGCCUCCAGUGACGCAGCUGGCGGCAGCGGCGCGGCCGGCAUUACACAGGCCUCCAUCCCCAAGGCAUGCACAACGCCCAUGCCAUGCAUGCGUAGGGUGCUCUCUUCCAAAAAGGAUGAGGGCAAAGGGGACGCGCAGAACGGCGCAGCGAAACAAGGGAAAAAAGAAGGGGGUUCUGGAAAGGAGAAGGAAGAGGAGGGAACACUGGAAGAGGAGGCCACGGACGUGCAGAGCGUUGUGGCGGCCCUGACAGAAUUAGUCAGCGUCCAGACGCCGGCUUCUGUUUGGCUGCCCAACAAGCACCUCAGCAUGCAGCACUCCGGCAAGGGGGGCGCGAGUCAGUCGGUGAGCGUCGGGUCGGCGCGGCUGAUGGUGAGCAGCCGGCUCUUCCGCCACCUGCGAACGCUCGUGUCGCUGCCGGGGCAUGCGAUCACUUACCUGGCCUUCCGCGCGCAGCAGGUCAUGCUCAGCGGCACCCUCACCAAGCUGGUGUGGUCAAUUCUGGUGGGCCUGCCGCUGUGUGCGGUGGGAGGGGUGCUCUACAGCUGGGCCAGCGGAAAAUCAGUCAUCGAGGGCAUCAUCAAUGCCUACGGCGCCCUCUACAAGAUCCCAGGUGUGACGGUGAUUGGCGAGGUCAAUGCAAUGACGUCCCACCUGAUGAAUGUCCUGUGGCUGGUCGGCACAUUCACCUUUGCAACAGUCAUCGGUAUCAUCACCGAAGAUGUCACCAGCACUAUCAUGAACGUGCGCAGCGGCAACUACGGCGUGGUGGCGGCCAACCACACGCUCAUCCUAAAUUGGAACGACCAGACAGUGCCGCUGCUGCGCCAGAUCGCACUCAACCGCACCGAGCGCGCUGACGACACUUAUGACGGGCCGGUGGUGAUCUUAGCGGAGAGAGACAAGGAGGACAUGGACGUGCAGCUGCGGCGGGCGCUGCGAGGAUCCAGCUUGGAGUGGCACACGCGGUCAGGGGCGCCGCACGCCCUCGCAGACCUGGAAAAGGUGGCUGCUGGCCAAGCGCGCACCGUCAUCCUGCUGCAGCCCGACUCCGAGCAGGAUGCGGGCAUGAAGCAAGUGGCGGCCAUUCUGGGGGUCCAGUCAGCGCGAGCCUCCACGCAGCCGCGUCCCUUCCUGAGGCUGGCCAGGCAGCACCUCGCCGCGCCUGAGGCUGGGACGGAGGCGGAGCUGUUCAGUGCGAUGCAGGGGAUUAUGGAAGCUAGCGCGCAGAGCCUGAGGCUGACGCGACUCUCCGGCCGCCGCGACAUGAGCACGCUGCUCGCCCAGUCAGCCUUCUCGCCGGGCGUGGCGAGCGUGUACUGCUCAAUUGUGCAGCAAACACGCACCGGUGUGGAGUGCUAUGUCCGCAGCUUCCCAGAGCUCCAGGGCAUGACCUUCACAGAGGUACGCCGCCGUUUCGAUGCUGCGGUGGUGAUCGGGUUCAUGGCAAAGGGCGGAGUGUUGCACAUUAAUCCCCCUGAGGAUGAGCCACUUGAGGAGGGCUUUCGUGUCAUUGCCCUUGCACCCAACGGCUUCUUUCAGCCGGCAAAAUCGAGCGGCAAGAAGCGCGGCAACGGGGAAGGCAACGCCGUCGAGCAGCAGCCGCCGCUGGCCGCAGCCUACAAGGCGGUCAUCGAGGCCGAAAUUGUGGAAGGGAGCCCAGUUCCUCAAGCCAUAUUCGGCAGCAUGCUGGACAGGGAUGACUCAGAGGCGGCGUACGAUGCAAAGCGGGUGGUGGUUGCCUGGUUUGGCGAUGACAUCAGCGACCUCAUCGCCAGCCUGGCGGCCUUCGCGCCUCGUGGCAGCUCCGUCACUGGCUUCCCGGAGGACAGCGGGCUGUUUGCAUGGGUACGGUUGCGCUGGGUCGAGGGCGAUCCCUCCUCCCUGGACGCCCUGCGAGCGGCUGAGCUGGCGGCCGCCGACUCCUUGGUCAUCGGCGACUCCGGCGAGGGGCCCGCCAAGGAAGCCGACGCGCGCACGCUCACCACCAUUGCUCUAGCGCAGGAGGUUUUGUUGCAAGAGGGCCGGGGAGAGGGCCGGCCGGCGCACUGCGUGGGGAUGGUGCGGGCGCCCGAGACGGUGGAGGUUGCCAACUUCCUCAUCGACAAGAUGGGCCGCAACGCGCUCACCGCCGAGCUGCUGCAGCCCGACGAGCUCGUCGCCGGCAUCAUCGCGCAGGUUGCGGCUGAGCCUGAGAUGGCCGCACUGCUGUCAGGCUUCAUCUACUCCAGCGAAGGCCAGGAGAUUUAUCUGAGACGGCCGAUCCACUACGCACUGCCGGACGAGGAGCCAGUCACCUUUGCACAGCUUUCAGAGCUGCUGAGGAAGGAGGCUGAGCUUGCAAUCGGCUUCAUCACCAAGGAUGGUCACAUGAAGCUGGCGCCUCGGGCAGCAGAGCAGCACAAGUUUGACCCAGACGACCGCCUAGUAGUAAUCUCAGGUUCCAAAUUCAAGAAUAGCUAG